AACACAAAAUCACACUAAUUCGUCAAGAUUACUUUUCAUAAGUACAUUAACUUCCCAGUUGAAGAGAUUAAUAAGCGGCUAAUGCUUCACACUAAGGAGACAGAAUGUUACACUCGAGCUACGGGUACAAGAAGAAAAAAAGUUGAAGAACCGGAACAAGACUAACGUAGUGAGACCGCCCAAUGUUAUAAAGACUACGAACAGUAGAGGGAGCUCUUCAGCUCGUGCAGGUCACGCAAUCGCAAGUGACAUUGAGAAAGAAGGAAGUGUCCUGUUAGGAGGAAGCCAUGGCAGAAAGCAUCCAGGAAAAACUGAAUAACUACAAGACUGCUCCUUUUGAUGCUCGUUUCCCAAAUCAGAACCAGACCAGGAACUGCUGGCAGAAUUACCUGGAUUUUCACCGCUGUGAAAAAACACUGACUGCAAAGGGUCAUGACACAGCAGUGUGUGAAUGGUACCACAGGGUGUACAAGUCAUUAUGCCCGACGGCUUGGGUCAGUCAAUGGGAUGAGCAAAGAGAACAAGGCACAUUCCCUGGGAAGAUCUAAAAUGUACUUGUGCCCCACAGCAAGCCAUUGCAUUUUUGUGGUGUCUGGUGUUCUACAGUUUACCGCCUAAAUUAGUAAUGUUUAAUGUUUGAGUUUCUAUUGAAUCACGUGGUAUGGAAGCUACAUUUCCCUUAUGCCUGUACAAAAACUGUCUCUCUGUGUUUGUAGUAAGAGAAUAAAAUGUUUCAGCAAGUCAUUCUUGAUGGCUUGCUUAUAUA